AUGCGCCCCCCGGCCUCGCCCAGGACGCCCGCGGUGCUGCUGCUGCCGCUCCUGCUGCUGCUGGUGGCCGACGAGCCCGCCCAGGGCAAGGGCUGCAUCUGCAAAGACAAAGGCCAGUGUUUCUGCGGAAGCACCAAAGGGGAGAAGGGAGAGCAAGGUUUGCCCGGACCUGCAGGGCCUCCCGGCCAGAAGGGAUUUCCGGGUCCUGAAGGUCUGCCUGGACUCCGGGGACCCAAGGGCUCUCCCGGAAUCCCUGGACUCACGGGUCCCAAAGGCGGAAGGGGGAUAACUGGAUUGCCAGGAUUUUCUGGUCCUCCCGGACUUCCAGGUACCCCAGGCCGUCCCGGACCUUAUGGACUUCCUGGUGUGCCGGGGUGUAAUGGUUCCAAGGGUGAGCCAGGCUUCCCCGGACUUCCAGGAACAUCAGGGUACCCAGGGAUCCCGGGUGCUGCUGGUCUGAAAGGAGAAAAGGGUGAACCAGCUGAAAGAGAAGGUGUCGAAGAUGAUGGGAAAGGUGACCCUGGAUUGCCGGGAUCUCCCGGAUCCCAAGGCUUGCCGGGGCUGCCCGGUUUUCCAGGACCUGUCGGCCCUCCCGGCCAUCCCGGAUACUCUGGCCUUCCAGGAGCCAGAGGACCUCCAGGACCUAAGGGUUACAUGGGCGACAACAUGAUGGGACAGAAAGGCGAGCAGGGUAUGAGAGGAUUGACCGGACCCCCUGGACCUCCAGGAACAGUGACCGUCACUCUAACAGACACGGAAAACAGAACGGACCUCAAGGGAGAGAAGGGAGAUCAGGGUGACCCAGGCAAGUCAGGACCCCCAGGACCCCCGGGCCCACCUGGAGACUCUUACGGGUCAGAAAAGGGGGAUCCUGGAGAGACCGGAGCACAGGGAAAACCUGGAAAAGAUGGUUCCCCUGGCUUCCCUGGCACCAAGGGAGCCAAGGGCAAUAGGGGCUCUCCAGGAUUAGUGGGUAAAGACGGCAUCAAGGGGUGGAAGGGGGACAUGGGCCCUCCAGGAUUUCCUGGUCCAACAGAAUAUUAUGAUGCAUACCAGGCAAAGGGAGAGGAAGGAAUUCCAGGCCCACCAGGGCCCAAAGGAGCUCGCGGUCCACAGGGUCCCAGCGGUGCACCCGGAGCUCCGGGAAGUCCUGGGUUAUCCUUGCCCGGCGUCAGAGGAAUCACCGGCUCUCCAGGCAUGAAAGGAAGAAAAGGGGAGCAAGGACCCCCCGGAAGGGAUGCAGUGGGGCCUCCUGGGGCCCCGGGUUGCCCUGGAUCACAAGGCCCUCCGGGGAAGCCUGGACCUCCAGGCCGUCGAGGUGAUGUUGUUUUUUGUGAAGGCCCACCUGGAGAGCAGGGAUACCCCGGCCACAUUGGAGCUCCUGGAAUGCCAGGAUUGAAGGGAUCCAAAGGGGAACCAGGCCUGCUGUGUACACAGUGUCCUUGCGUCCCAGGCCCUCCCGGCUCCCCAGGACUGCCAGGAUUGGAUGGUGAAAGAGGACUUCCAGGAGGACCAGGGAUGGCUGGGGAUAAAGGAAGCCAGGGGCCCCCAGGAAGCCCAGGUCUUCCUGGGUUCCCGGGGUUCCCAGGCCCUCCGGGUGUUCCGGGCCAGAAAGGAGAAAAAGGUGAAGAACCAAAACCCAAGGGACAAGCAGGAGAUCCAGGGGAUCCUGGGCUCAGAGGACACCCUGGAAAAUCAGGCGUCGAUGGGGUCCCCGGAACCCCAGGAGCAAAAGGAUUUCCAGGACCGAAAGGAGAACCGGCCCUGAGUGGUGAGAAGGGGGACCAGGGUCCUCCAGGGGAUCCUGGAACCCCUGGGUUCCCAGGACCUGCGGGACCAUCUGGACCAUCAGACUUUGGACCACAGGGAGAGAUUGGUCCAAAGGGCACCCAAGGAGUUCCUGGAGCCCCUGGACCACCUGGAGAAGCCGGUCCAAGGGGAGAAGACAGCAUUUCAAUACCAAUACCGGGUCUCCCAGGGCCUCCCGGACCUCCAGGACGAACUGGCCCCCCAGGUCCACCUGGUGUCCCUGGACCCCCAGGAAAAUGUGGUGAUCCAGGCCUUCCUGGACCUGAUGGUGAACCAGGAAUUUCAGGAAUUGGAUUUCCUGGGCCUCCUGGACCUAAGGGAGACCGGGGAUUUCCAGGACCAAGAGGAUCCCCUGGUGGUCCCGGAGAUGUGGGGAAGCCAGGAUUACCGGGAAUGCCAGGAACCCCUGGAACCAAGGGAGAACCAGGAUUGGUCACACCUGGAGAGCCAGGAAUACCAGGUUUUCCGGGAGAAAGAGGCAGUCCUGGGGAAAAUGGAGACAUUGGAUUCCCAGGAUUUCCUGGUCACCCUGGAAAUCCAGGAUCUGGAGGGCUGGAUGGACCACCAGGGGACCCGGGGGAGCCUGGACCACCUGGAGAAAAAGGCCUCCCAGGAAGGUGCAAAGAGGGUCCACAAGGAGCUCCAGGACUUCCCGGCUUAAACGGAUUGAAAGGACAGCCAGGUCAAAGAGGUGAACCAGGGCCAAAGGGAGACCCCGGCAUUCCAGGCUUGGUUAGAUCAGGAUAUCCCGGAGAACCUGGACUCCCGGGAAUGCCUGGUCAUCGAGGUGAGAUGGGGCCACCUGGUCCAAAAGGAUGUCCAGGAAUCUCAGGAGCUCUGGGACCACCAGGAGACAGAGGGGCGAUUGGGAUGAUGGGCUAUCCUGGACACAUCGGCCCUCCAGGGCCUCCUGGGGACCCAGGCACCCCAGGACAGAAAGGGAGCCUUGGAAUUCCAGGUGCAAAGGGCGAACGAGGACCCCCAGGAGAGAGGGGGGCUGAAGGGGAGAAAGGCGCUGCCGGGCCACCUCAGAUAUGCCAAGUAACAGGCGAGACAGGGGAGCCAGGACUCAAAGGGUUGGCGGGAAGGCCCGGUGAGAAGGGACUCAGAGGCUUUCCUGGCUUGCCAGGCUUCCCAGGCAUCCAAGGGCCAACGGGCCCUCCAGGACCACCAGGCCCCAGAGGAGAUCCAGGCAGAAUUGGGGAUCCUGGGAAACCAGGACCCUACGGAAUUCCAGGAAGCCUGGGGUUCAUGGGAGUACCAGGUCUGAAAGGAACGAGGGGAGAUUUGGGGCCCCCAGGUCCACCUGGAAUGCCAGGCCUCCCAGGGAUUCCUGGUCUCCAAGGAGAUAAGGGGGAACCCGGUUAUUCAGAAUGCACAAGGCCAGGAGCACAGGGACCGCAGGGAGAUCCCGGCUUGCCAGGUGAUACGGGAAAGAAAGGAGAAAAGGGGUCCCCCGGUGCACCUGGACAUCGGGGACCUCCUGGCCCCGACGGCAUCCCUGGAAGUCCUGGACAUCCUGGCCCCCCAGGAAUGCCAGGUCCUAAAGGUGAUUUCGGGAAUAAAGGAAUCAAAGGCUUCCCCGGCUUUCCAGGAAUCAAAGGCCUUCCAGGUCCUCCAGGAUUACCAGGACAACCUGGACAAGUGGGUAUGAGAGGUGACCAAGGAUGUGAUGGAAUUCCUGGUCCAGCAGGAGAAAAGGGAGAAUCAGGUUUACUAGGAACAAUUCCGGGCUCACCAGGACAUCCUGGCCUGCCAGGAGCCAAAGGAAAUAGGGGAUCCCCAGGCUCUCCAGGUCUCCCCGGCAGGCCAGGGGCAGUGGGAGAUGUUGGGCCGCCAGGACCCAUAGGCCUGCCAGGACCCCCAGGACCCCCAGGUUUUCCCGGCAUGAUCCUGCCAGGCCGCAAAGGAAACCGAGGUCCCAAAGGCUCCAGAGGAAAUCCAGGUGAGCCGGGUCCCCCAGGACCUCCCGGGAGCCACGCCAAAGGCAUAAAAGGAGACAAGGGGUAUAUGGGCCAGCCUGGUCCAAGGGGUCCGCAUGGAUCUGCAGGAGAUAUGGGGCCACAUGGUUAUCCGGGUGUCCCAGGUCCCCAGGGAUUGCCAGGACUCAGAGGUUAUCCUGGGUUUCACGGAUUUCCAGGCAUGAAAGGCGAGAAGGGUGAUCCAGGAUUUCUGGGACCAAGAGGACCUCCAGGGCGAAUUGGGCCAAAAGGACGACAGGGUGCACGUGGAGACUUUGGUACCGUGGAGGUCAUCUCCCUCCCCGGGAGCCCAGGACCUCCUGGCGCAGCGGGACCACCAGGGAUGCAAGGAGAACCAGGCCCACCCGGGCCACCAGGAAACCCAGGACCCUGUGGGCCAAGAGGUAAACCGGGCAUGGAUGGAAGACCAGGAACUCCCGGCCCAGCUGGAGACAAAGGCCAGAAGGGCUCUAAAGGACAGCGAGGUCUGCCUGGAUCCCAUGGACCGCCGGGCUGGAAGGGGAAGCCGGGGGAGCCUGGCACACCUGGACCCCUGCCUGUCAGAAGAGGUUUUCUCUUCACCCGCCACAGCCAGACCAUAGUGACCCCUUCCUGUCCCCAAGGCACAGAGGCACUCUACAGCGGGUUUUCUCUUCUCUCCGUGCAAGGAAAUGAGCGAGCCCAUGGACAAGACCUGGGAACCCUUGGCAGCUGCCUGCAGCGAUUCACCCCGAUGCCUUUCUUAUUCUGUGACAUCAAUGACGUGUGUAAUUUUGCAUCUCGAAAUGAUUAUUCAUACUGGCUUUCCACACCGGCUUCGAUGCCUGCGAACAUGGCUCCUAUCACAGGCAGGGCCCUGGAGCCUUAUAUUAGCAGAUGCACCGUCUGCGAGGGGCCUGCAGUGGCCAUUGCUGUCCACAGCCAGACCACUAAUAUCCCCCCGUGUCCCCAGGGCUGGGUUUCUCUCUGGAAAGGAUUCUCUUUUGUCAUGUUCACGAGCGCAGGUGCCGAGGGCACCGGGCAAGCGCUGGCUUCCCCUGGCUCCUGCCUGGAAGAAUUUCGCGCCAGUCCAUUCAUAGAGUGCCACGGAAGAGGGACGUGCAACUACUACUCCAACUCCUACAGCUUCUGGCUGGCUUCCCUAAACCCCCAGCGGAUGUUCAGAAAGCCUAUUCCAUCCACUGUGAAAGCCGGAGAGCUAGAAACGGUCAUCAGUCGCUGUCGGGUGUGCAUGAAGGGAAGGAACUGAAGAAAACAAAGGAAACAGAGUAAUCUUCAUCC